AUGUUCUUGCUGUUUUUCCUGGCUCUAUCCUGCCUGGGAAGCCCUGUGCCCAUGGCCUCUGAUAAGUUCUGACUAUCUGUCUCUAAAAGCAAGCCAGUGGGCAUCGUGGGAGCCCACCGUAGCCAGAAGGGGAGGUGGCCAUGGAAGAUCAGCCUGAGAACCUACAGUUACAAGACGGGCUCCUGGGAGCACAUCUGUGGGGGCUCCACCAUCCAUCCACAGUGGGUACUCACUGCUGCCCACUGCAUCCAAAGGCAGGAUGCCGACCCAGCCUUAUACAGGAUCGAAGUGGGGGAAAUAUUCAUGUACAAGAAGCAGGAACUUCUGAACACCAGCAAGAUCAUCAUCCACCCCGACUUCAACGUUUUUAAUAAGAAGUUUGACUUGGCCCUGCUGAAGCCGACUAACCGCCUAUCUAAGUACAGGCCAAUCUCUCUGCCAAAAGAAAACUUGACUUUCAACUCAAAUGACCAGUGCUGGCUGGCUGUGUGUGUGUGA